AUGGCUGAGUCUCAGCAGAGCCAGGAGGCCAGUGCAGAGGGCAUUCACUGCCCUAAAGCUGAUUCUUUUGAUUGUGAGGAUGACCAUGUUGAGACUGCACAAGAAAUAGCAGUGAAUGAAGUGCCAGAUAAUGAAGAUAUUCCUCCCACACAUGUCACUGACAGGGUAUUUUUUAUUGAUUUAGCCAAUAAGCAACUGCAAACUAUCUCACCAGAGGUGUUGAGUCUAGAACAUCUGGAAGAGCUGCACAUGGAAAAGAACCUGAUCAUAAGCAUCCCCAGGGACAUCAAUCGCCUGAGGCACGUGAAGAUCCUCUACUUGGAUCACAAUCACAUACAGGACAUAUGUGAAGAACUGGGGGAUCUGAAAUGUCUUCAGAGCUUAGAUUUAAGCAACAAUCCCCUCUCCAGCAGUUCGCUGCCAGUUAUCAGCAAGUUGCAGUCCCUCCGUCAGCUCAGGCUCUAUAAAACAAACUUGCACGAACUCCCGGUGCAGAUCUGUGAGUGCCUUCAUCAUGUCGAACUGCUUGGCCUUUCUGACAAUAAUCUCAAGUGUCUGCCUAAAGAAACAGUGAACCUGACAAAACUCAAGGAAAUUUACCUCCAGAAAAAUGGAUUGGAAAGUUUUCCCAAGGAGCUUUGUUAUAUUGCUAAUUUAGAAAUAAUAGAUCUGGAACAAAACCUGAUCAGUCUCAUCCCAGAAGAGGUAGGCUUUUUGAUAAACCUAGUUAAGCUAUUUUUAGCUUUUAAUAACUUAUCCUCCAUUCCUCCUACACUGCAAUAUUGCCAGAAACUGGCCGUGCUGGAUCUGUCUCAUAACCUCCUGCACAAGCUUCCCGCAGGUUUGAAGAAUCUCACUGAAAUGAGAGAACUCAGACUGUCUGCUAACAGCCUGGAGAAGUUCCCACGUCAGAUCUGCUGCUGGCCAUCCCUUUCCCAUGUUUACCUGAGGAACACUGGCCUGAGAAAAGUACCUAGGUCCUUCAGCAGAUUAACCAGUGUCAAGAUACUAGAUCUGAGUGCAAACUGCUUUGAUGAGAUUCCUAAAGGAAUCUGCACUAUGACAAAUCUAGAAGAACUGGCCCUGGAUGACAAUCACAUACAGGAGAUACCUGCGGAGGUGAAAGAGCUGACAAAUUUGAAAUGUCUUGGCCUGUCUGAAAACCAAUUUAGUAUCUUUCCAAAGGAAAUCUUUCUCCUGGAGUCAUUAGAGAGAUUACACCUGGGACAAAAUAAAGGAAUUAAAUUCACAAGCCUCCCAGAAGACAUCAGCAAAUUGCAGAAUCUGAAAGAACUGCAUAUGGAGAAUAAUUUUCUGGAGCAUCUGCCUGCAGCUAUCAGCUCUCUGACCCACUUGAAAACGCUGGACUGUCGCAACAAUCUCCUUAAGCAGCUCCCAGACUCUUUGUGCCAAAUGCAAGGCUUGCGAAAGCUGUUCCUUCAGAACAAUCAACUGUCCCAGCUGCCUGAGGAUUUGGACAGUCUUCAGCAGCUGGAGCUGGUACUUGUGGAUGAGAACCCCAUGACAGACCCUCCAAUUGAAGUAUGCUGCCAGGGGACAGCUGCCAUCUGGGAAUACUUAGAGGAAAAAAGGCGCAGAAAGGCCAUGAAGUUAAAGGUCAAAAGAUUGUGGUGUAUGUUGAAGGGAAUUGGACCCUUCUUGGCACUUUAUAAGGUAGCACAAACAAAAAAGAAGGGAAAAAAAGGAAAAGGAUCAAAAGCCAAAAAGUGAUAUUUGGGCAGUAAAUUGCACAGAGCUCUUUUCAUUUACAAGAAGGGCAAAUAUAAGCAAGGACAAGCAAGGAGGAGACAAGCAGUAUUAGCGCAUUUGAAUCACUGAGUGUUACAAUGACAACCCCAUUUCUGAGCUUCAUUUUUGUGUCUCUGUCAACAUGUACUCCCGCUGGAUCAGGCAGAUUCUGAAAUGUUCUCUUUCCAAAUGCACAUUUUCUCAAAGCAAAAAGGCAGCUGAUUGACUGGGAAUUGAUUGAGUCUGCAGGAAUCUGGUGCAAUGAAGUGUUCUUUGUUCUGAAUCCUGAAGUAUUUUACAUGCAAUUCUUAGAAAUGUGUUUUCCAGGCAGGGAGGUACAGCCAUACCUAGAGUGAAACACUAAUUGUGGCCCCACCUACUAGUAGUUAGUUAAUGAGUUUUACAUUCAGAAAUGAUCAGUACCUUCUUUGGAAAUAUGGAGGAGGAUUCCAGGCAGUCAGAACACAUGCAAGUGCAUUACCUGCCUCACCAUCCUGUCUUACAGAGCUGCAAUAAGCUGUUUCGAAAGUCUCUCUACACUUCUGCAAAACUGUUGGCUGAUGUUUUGACAAUCUGGAGUUAGAAUGUGUUGAAUGACUACAAACUGCCAGCUCCUUAUAGCUCAUCUCUGAGAUAGCUUGGUGGCAGUUUGAAAAACAUCUGUACAGCAGGCUUACUUGAAAGCAAGAGUUCUGCAGAAUGCAGUAUUCUGCAAUGUUUCUGGCUCCUGGCAUGUCCUAACACCUUUGCUCUUCAAAAGAACCAUGACAAACACUCCUUACUAUAAUUCAAGCAUGCCAAACUUAUAUGCAGCCAUGUCUGUCCACAACGCUCUGCAGAUAGCUUUUUGUCCCAGACAUCUGAUGUCCUUGUCUAGAUUUCAUUCUGUAAUGCUCAGUUCCUCCUUAAACCAUCCCAGAGUUUUAUCUGCAGCAUACAUAAAGCUCAGAGCUGAACUGGGACUGACCAAUGUGCAGGUUCAAAAUGCAUGAGUGGGUAGGAGCAGAACCUUUUGUUUAGUUUAAUUGGCUGGUGGGAACUGCAGUCCUGC